UUAUCAUUCAUGAACCUUUCCAGCGGACUGAGUUUCUGUCGAAUGAGAAGGACGUCUAGCACCAUGGAUGGAUUCUGCCAUCUCUAUCUGCUCAUGAUCCUCCUGAUGAGAUCUGGUGAUGUUGAAACCAACCCUGGACCAGACAGGAUUGUCAGUGAAAAGGAAUUCUUAAAGCUGUCAAAGCAAAUUAAACCUAGCUACUACAAAGAGGUGGGCAUUAACCUGGACAUCUCCAUUGCAGAGCUUGGUCAAAUCGAGAAAGAGAGCCAAAAUACCAGUGAUGCAUUGAUGACAGUCUUCACGAGAUGGAGAGACAAACAGCCUCCAGGCACAGACAUCAGGGCUCUCCUUGCAGAGGAAUUAGAAAGUAGUGACUUAGGGUCCCUCUCUGGCAAACUACUCGCUGGCAGUCUAGUCCCAAACAGGACAGGUGCACCUGUUAGAUUGCCAGGAUCACAGCCCCAACCACUUUCUGCUGACCUGAUCGAGAGAUGUGCAGAUGAUUUGAGAUCCAAAUACCGGACAACUCUCUGUAAGAUCAGAGCUGAUCCUCUCAUCCCAAUUUCCAUUGUGCAGUUUGGCGACAUGUACACAAACCUUGUCCUGGAAGAGGAAUAUCGACAAAGUAAGCGACCACUUGAGUACAGUGAUCUCUUUGAUCUUAAAGUCAAUGGAGAGUUUCCCAAGCGGAUCAUGGUUCAGGGAGAGGCUGGGACAGGAAAGACAACAUUCUGUGCUAAGAUUGCCUGGGACUGGAUAAAUGACAGUUCUGCUCUCCAAAAGUUUGUGUGGGUACUCGUUGUCCCUUUUCGUGAAGCCAAGCAAUACACGAUCGGUGAGAUUAUCAAGUCGUAUCUCUCCAAGGGCAACCCAGCAACAGCCUGCCAGAUCACUGAGUACAUUCGUUCAAAUCCAAAAGAUGUAUUCAUUGCGUUUGAUGGAUUAGAUGAGUUUGAUGGCAAGGUUGUACAGCAAAGGAAAGCUGAUUCAAAGUCAGAAUGUCAACAGCCAAAGCCUGCUGAUCAAACCAAGGUAAGAUCAGAAUCAAAGAUGAACAAGAAUGAGCGGCAAAAGUUAAUGCAGCCAAAGUCAGGAAGCCCAACAAGUGCCACUUCGCAGCCAAGAGUCAAAAGUGCAGAGGCAUGUGGAAGUUCUUCAGAGAGAGGCGAAAUUGCACUUGGAGACAUUCUUCGAUCAGAUGAACUUGCCACUUGCCCGGUGUUGGUGACAAGUCGCCCAUGGAAGGUCAAAGAGAUUAGAUGGGAUGAUAGUCUGAGCAAACGGUACACUUUCCUGCAUUUGGAAGGUUUUAGCAAGGAGAAUGUGGAGGAUUACAUUCACAAGUACUUUCAAGAUGAUGGGGCCAAAACAGAUCAGCUUAUCCAAUUAACCAAAGAAAAUGUCAUCAUAUCUGAGAAUAUGGCCCCGUAUCCUAUCUACAUAGCUAUGGUCUGUCUUAUGUGGAGAGAACUUGGUGACGAAAAACAAGAAAAGUUUAAGUCAUUACAAACUUUUUCUCAAAUAUUUGAUGAAAUGUUUGAAUUCUUGAAGGUGCAUUAUGCUCAGAAAGAGAUCGCAGAUUUAGACAGCCCAUCUUUCCAAGCCUUUCGCUCUCAAAUUGAGAAGCUCAUGGAACCAAUUGCCCAAGUUGCUUUCACCGGGCUACAAGAAAACAUCCUUAGUUUCAAAGAAGGCGAUUUUGAACAGUGCUCAGACUCCAUUGAAACAGCUUGCAGAGUAGGGGUGUUGUCUCAGGAGAAAAAACUGUCAUCUAUAUAUGAUAAGAGCAAUCCGUACCUGCAGUCUACAAUCUUCUUUCCACACAAACUCUUUCAGGAGUACAUGGCUGGGGCCCACCUUGCUUCCCUGUAUGAAUUAGAUCCCAAUGAAUUCAACAGGCUGAUUGAGCAAGUAGUGCUGCCUAGGAAAGAAGAGUUUAGGUAUCUCCUGUACUUCACUGUAUCACAGGACAAAACUGUUGCACACCAUGUCAUGAAAUGCAUGUUACAGGGUGGCAUCCAAAACCCAGAGGAGAUGGAUUUCUUUGUUGAUGUAUCCUUUGAGAGUCAGGACCUAGACACUGCAGCCUUGUUGAGGGGUAGAAUAUCAUCUCUGACAAUACAGCCAUUAAUGACAGCACACACAAUAGCAGGUUGUAUAUUCACUGGACUAGGUGUACAUAGAGAUGUGGUAAGUUUGAUAUCUUACAAACAUUAAUAAGUAUUAUAAUUUAAAGGGGAUGUCCACCCUGAUAUUAACUUGGUUUGAAUAGAAGCAGAAAAUGAGAAAAACAGGUCAGUGACAGUUAUGAGUUUUGAAGAUGGGCGGGGGAGGACUCGGUUUCUGAUGUUUGAGAGGAUGGUCAGUAUGUGAUGACAGCAGAAGGUGCUGAAGAUGCUAAAACUUUCAAUA